AUGGUGUGGGUAUACACACGAUGGUGUGGGUAUACACACGAUGGUGUGGGUAUACACGAUUUGAAUCCAGAUGGCAAGUAUGUUGUGGAUAUAGCACCAGGUGUUGACAUUACUGAGUGCACGAUGAACACCCGAGUGGCUUUAGCAAAUGACUCGUACAAGUUGCAUAAGUUACUGCCGACCAAGAUUGAUCCGUUGGUGUCGUUGAUGAAGGUUGAGAAGGUUCCUGACUCGUCGUACGACAUGGUGGGAGGUUUGGAGGAGCAGGUGAAGGAGGUGAAGGAAGUUAUCGAGUUGCCAAUUAACCACCCGGAGCUUUUCGAGGCGUUGGGGAUUACACAGCCAAAAGGUGUGUUGCUGUACGGUCCUCCGGGUACGGGAAAGACGUUGUUAGCGCGCGCAGUGGCCCACCACACGGACUGCACGUUCAUACGAGUGUCGGGGAGCGAGUUGGUGCAGAAGUACAUUGGAGAAGGGUCGAGAAUGGUGAGGGAAUUAUUCGUCAUGGCACGGGAGCACGCACCGAGUAUCAUUUUCAUGGACGAAAUUGACUCUAUCGGAAGCCAAAGAGGCGACGCCGGAGACGGCCGCGGUGACAGCGAGGUCCAGCGGACGAUGAUGGAGUUGCUAAACCAAUUGGACGGCUUCGAGUCCACACAGAACAUAAAAAUUAUCAUGUGCACUAAUCGAAUAGAUGUGCUCGAUGACGCUCUGCUCAGACCCGGACGUAUCGACCGCAAGAUCGAGUUCCCACCGCCAAACGCCGACGCGCGGAAGGAUAUCCUUCGAAUCCACUCACGCAAAAUGAACUUGGUGCGCGGUAUCGACCUGGUCAAGAUUGCCAAUGAACUACAUGGCGCUAGCGGCGCAGAAGUCAAGGCUACCUGCACAGAAGCAGGCAUGUUUGCCUUGCGGGAAAGAAGGGUGCAUGUCACUCAAGAAGACUUCGAAAUGGCGGUCAGUAAGGUGAUGCAAAGAGAUGCUUUCAAAAAUAUCAGUCUCAAAAAACUCUUCAAGUAG